AUGAAAGUUCUAAAAUAUGUUAUCGUCAUUGCUGCAGCUGCAUCGGCGCUUUUACCACCGCCACAGUCGCCCUUGAAUAUGGGGUGGUUAGGUGCCAGCCAAGAAUCCUUUCACAUUACGCAGGACGAGAGUAUUAUUCAAAGACAUAAUGAAGAGCUAGUGGCAGUAAGGUAUCCUACAGCCACUCGCCAUUCGCAAAGUGUGAAGAAACUCAUUACUCAGUUGGAUCCUUUGAGUGUGCACACUAUGAUCGAAGACUUUUCGGACUUUCAAAAUCGCUUCUUCAACGGAAGUGAGUAUAGUAUGAAGGCAUCAAAAUGGCUUUAUGCAAAAAUCAAUCAAAUAGUCACUACCAGCAAUGCAACAGGUAUUGCGGUGGAGCCUUUCGACCAUGCUGGUUGGGAUCAACCAAGUAUCAUCGUGUCAAUCCCUGGGAUAAGUGCCAAAACAGUCGUGGUGGGAGCCCACCAGGACUCCAUUACGAGACCAUGCUACCAAGUCCCACGAGAUUAUGCCCCCGGUGCUGAUGAUAAUGCUUCUGGGGUUGCAACAUUGCUUGAAGCGUUACGAGUCAUCUUGCGGGACCCUGCUUUUGCUCAAGGCCAUGCACCAAACACACUUGAGUUCCACUUCUACGCGGCCGAAGAGGUAGGGCUGCAGGGAAGCAAACAGAUUUUUGAUUCUUACUCUAGGCAGGGAAGGGAAGUCAAAGCUAUGCUAAAUCAGGACAUGACCGGAUAUACGGGUUAUGUGGGAACCAAUAAACCAGAGUGCAUUGGUGUUCUUACAGAUUAUGUUCAUCCGGGCCUGACAGAGUUUGUCAGAAUGAUGAUUACAACAUACUGUACAAUUCCCUAUGUGGAUACCGCAUGUGGAUAUGCCUGUUCAGAUCAUGCGGCAGCUCAUUCACAUGGGUAUCCAGCAGCAAUGACUUUUGAGUCAAAGUUUGGGGAUCACAGCAGAUUCAUUCACACCUCGCUGGAUCGUGCAGAUACAAUCAACAUUAACCACGUACUUCAGCAUGUUAGAUUGGUGAUUGGAUUCGCAUAUGAACUUGGGUUUGCUGCAUUUAAAAAUGAAGGCAUAACUGAGGAGCUCUGA